GCAUCUGGUCUCCUCCAUUAUCAUUUUAUUUACAAAAUCAGGCUUCAGGCCAAAGCUGAGUGAGUGCUGCUGGGUGACUCAGCCCCUACAACCAGAAGCAUGAACUUCAGCCCUGACCACAGCAGAUGAAAGGCUGGUGCUCCCCUCACCUUGAGUGCUCAUUUGAUGGAGAAAGGCUGGGCCUGGGCCCUACCCAUCACAGUGCUGGUCCUAGUACCUGCCCACGCAUGGCCUGAGCUUCUGUGAUCAGGUAAUAUAAAGGUACUAGAGCUCAAGGAUUGCAUCUAACUCCUGGACCCUGGAUCCCUGCCAGAUGUCUAUAUGCUGGCCCAGAAGGCUGUGUGCCCUUGGGAUGUAGAAAGUUCACAUGAUUUGGCUGGGCACAGUGGCUCACGCCUGUAAUCCUAGCACUUUGGGAGGGCGAAGUGGGCAGAUCACUAGAGGUCAGGAGUUCCCUAGUCCAGACACCCAAGAGUAUGUCCUUCUCUUGGGCAUAAGAAAAUCUAGAGUUAUAUUUAGGGUUCCAUAAAUUGUGGUGAAGAGUGGACCAAGCUGGCAUGCUCACAAUGACCAAAUUACAUUGGUCAUAUUUUAAUCCAAUACAUUGAUCCACUAUUAACUUGUAAAUAAUGUACUUGCUUUCUAGACACAUUCUAGGAAGACAAGAGAAACUGACUUUUAUCUAUAUGGUAUAAUCCACUGGCGAGUUUCUUUUAGGAUAGACCAAAGCUGAUCUAGAACAUAAUCGUUACAUACUUGGACGAGACGAGAGAGAACCCACCAGACGAGAAAGAAUAUCUGGGCUGAAAGCCUCCAUCAGAAGAACAAUGUGGAAUGGUGCUGUGCUGGCAACUGGUAGUCCCUGCCCUACAUCUUUGCAGAGGACUGGAGCCCAGAGUGGGCCAUGGUCAACUUAUAUGUUGAAGUGAAGACCUCCUUCUAGGUGUGCAUGUGCUUAUUACAGAUAUGCCGCCAUGCUAAGUACCCCCGGACUACAGGAAAAAAUAAGAAUACAUGCUGUAUCCAUGAUCAGGAGGUACACAGGCCAGAGCACCAGCUGCGGAAUCGCACAACCUGGGUUCAAAGCCUGGCUGGACCAUGACCACCUGGAUGACCUAAGGAAGGGUCUCAGGCAAAUUUGUAAAAAGAAGUGGAGACCCUGCCUGCCAGGAAGGGAUGUGGUCCUGGCCACGCGAUUGGCAACGUGCUCUUCUAAGCGUAUUUUGUUCCUGGUUCCACCACAGGUCCCCGCCAUGCCAUCGGCAACCUGCUCGUCUUGUCCGUGAGGCCUUCCCAGCUGGCCGGGCUCACCCCGUGGCUCCUGCACCUGUGCCUCCUGCACCUGUGCCUGCCCCGGGAAUCUUGGGCUGUUUCCGAUUCCUCUUCAACCCUCGGCGACAUCUUGGGCCUUCUUUUCCAGCCAGGUGGGAUGUCGCCCCUAGGAGGCUGUGUUUUCUCCCUGGGAACACGGGCACCCCACUGAGGGUCCUGCCUCCUUUGGGCUGGAGCCCCCCCUCAAGGAAGAAACCCGUGCUGUCUGCUUGCAACACCAUGAUGUUUGGACACCUCAGCCCCGUGAGGAUCCCUCGUAUGAGAGGCAAGUUUAACCUCCGGCUUCCUUCAUUAGAUGAGCGGGUGAUCCCAGCCAGGCUCCCAAAGACGGAGGUGAGGGCAGAACAAGAGCCUGAAGAACAAAUGGAGGUGGAUCAGGUAGAGACCCAGGGGCAGGAGGACAAGAAAAGGGGCCCCUGUAGCAAUGGGGAAGCAGCCUCCGCCUCUAGGCCCCUGGAGACUCAGGGAAACCUCACUUCCUCCUGGUACAAUCCCAGGCCCUUGGAGGGAAAUGUCCACCUCAAGAGCUUGACAGAAAAGAACCAGACUGACAAGGCCCAGGUGCAUGCAGUGAGUUUCUACUCCAAGGGACAAGGAGUCGCCAGUUCACACAGCCCUGCUGGAGGCAUCCUUCCCUUUGGGAAGCCUGAGCCAGUUCCAACAGUGCUCCCUGCCCCAGUUCUGGGCUGCUCCCUGUGGCCAGAGAAGGCGGCCUUGAAGGUGCUGGGUAAAGACCACCUGCCCAGCUCUCCAGGCUUGCUGAUGGUGGGGGAGGACAUGCAGCCCAAGUAUCCCGCAGCUCUUGCAUCAAGGAGCUCUUCUCCACCCAGAGCUGCCGGCCACGGGUCCGGCGAAAGAAAGCUGUCAGGACCACUGCUGCCGCUGCCACCGACCCCUCCCCUGCAACUGAGGUGGGAUAGAGACGAGUUUCCCUCAUCCGCUAAGCUUCCCUGCCUAUCUCCUGAGGCACUGUUGGAGCUGGGUCAGGCUUCUCAAGGGGAAGGACGCCUCCAGCAGGGCAACAUGGAUAAGAACAUGGGGAUGUCCAGGAGAUGCAAACAGCUGCUUGGGAGGAGAAAGAAGACAUGGCAGGGCAGGCGUGGUGGCUCACGCCUGUAAUCCAGCACUUUGGGAGGCCCAGGCGGGCGGAUCAGGAGGUCAAGAGAUCGAGACCUGAGGAGCAUCUCUGCCUGGUCCCUGCACCAUCUGGGAAGUGAGGAGCGCCUCUGCCCAGCCACCCCACUGUCUGGGAAGGGAGGAGCGCCUCUGCCUGGCCACCGCCCCAUCCGGGAGGUGAGGAGCACCUCUGCCCAGCACUCCCACCCCACCGCCUGAGAAGUGAGGAGCGCCUCUGCCUCGCUAGGCCUCGCCUGGGAAGUGAGGAACGUCUCUACCCGGCCGCCUCACAGUCUGGGAAGUGAAGAGCACCUCUGCCCAGCCACUGCACCGUCUGGGAAGUAAGGAGGCCCCAGCCCAGCAGCCGCAGCAUCUGUGAGGUCAGGAGCGCCUCUGUCGGGCAGGCCCACCGUCUGGGAAGCGAGGAGCGCCUCUGCCCGGAACCCAACUGUCUGGUAAGUGAGAAGGGCCUCUGCCUGGCCACCCCACCAUCUGGGAAACGAGGAAUGCCUCUGCCCUGCCCGCGUAUCAUCUGGGAAGUGAGGAACACCUCUGCCUGGCAAUCCCGCCAUCUGGGAAUUGAGGAGCGCCUCUGCCCAGUCCCACCGUCGUCUGGGAAGUGAGGAGCACCUCUGCCUUGCUCGCGCACCAUCUGGGAAGUGAGGAGCGCCUCUGCCCUGCCCCCCGCAAGGUCUGUGAAGUGAGGAGCGCCUCUGCCCAAUCCCACCCUCUGCGAAGUGAGGAGCGCCUCUGCCCUGCCCCUGCACCGUCUGCGCAGCAAGGAGCGCCUUUGCCCAAUCCGACCAUCUGGGAAGUGAGGAGCGCCUCUGCCCUGCUCCCGCACAGUCUGGUAAGUGAGGAGCGUCUCUGCCCUGCCCCCCUACCGUCUGGGAAGUGAGGAGCGCCGCUGCCCCGCAAUCCCACCAUCUGGGAAGUGAGGAGCGCCUCUGUCCGGCAAUCCCACCAUAUGGGAAGUGAGGAGCGCCUCUGCGCUGCCCCCGCACCGUCUGCGAAGUGAGGAGCGCCUCUGCCCUGCCACCGCCCCACUGGGAAGUGAGGAGCACCUCUGCCCAGCAGCCACUUUGUCUGGGAAGUGAGGAGCGCCUCUGCCCAGCAGCAGCCAUGUCUGGGAGGUCAGAAGCGCCUGUGCCCGGCUGCCCCACCAUCUGAGAAGUGAGGGGCGCCUCUGCCCGGCGGCUGUGCAACCCUCCAAGUGUGACGUGACAGCCUUGUGUGUGAUCUUUCUGCCCUCCCCAAGUUUGCAUUUUCGACAUUAAAGUUUACAUUUAUUUAUUUA